AUGGCGAAGGCGAACAGCGGGCAGUUCGUCACCCCCGUGGUGAAGGACGAGGAAGGGCGCCGGCUGAGCCGCACCAUGCGAAGGACGGACAAGCUGGACGUGCUCAUGGACUUCUACUACAGCGCCAUGGCGCCCGUCGUUGAGCACGGGUACGGGGUUUUCCUGUACCACGGCCGGCGGAUCAAGUGCGAAGAGACGCCGGCGGACCGUGGGAUGGAAGACGGCGCCGAGGUCGAGUUCUUCCUGGUGACUAGGCCGCGGGUGUUCGUCACUCCCGUGUUAGAGGACCGUCAUGGGCGCAGGUUCACCUUUUCCAUUGGUAGAACUGACAGGAUGCAGCGCCUAAUGGAUUUUUACAACGGCAUGGUGCCGGCUGAAAUGUCCGGGGAGACGAGAUUCUAUUUUUCAGGCAAAGAAAUUACAAGAGAGCAGAAACCAGAGAACCUGAUGUUGGAGGAUGAGGACGUGAUCAACGUCAAAGCGUAUGAUCCAUUCGCCGACUGA